GGUUCCUUGAAUGGUUAUAUCUGCUAGAAACCUUCUCUUAAAAAGAAGAAGAAUUCUUCUGCUUAGUCGCAAUUUCAACCAAAACCCUUGUGUUCUGCCCUCAUUAAUAUUCAAUGGACAGUCCAAGUUCCAACUCAUACAGAAACAAUAUGAUCACCAUAAUGCAUUUGAUACUUGCUCUAACUCUCUGUAUCAGCAACAGAAGAAGCUUCUUCAAGCGUGCUCGGGAGCUCGAUAUCUCGAUCAUGCUUCGACAAAAUUGCUUCAUGCACUGUCCAUCACAAUGGACUGGUCUUGCUCUGAUUAUCAGGAUCCACCCAUUUUGACAUCCAUUAAUAAUAGUCUUAUUACAGCAUAUGCAUCUCAGUGUGAAUUAUCAAUGUCCAUGAAAGUGUUCGAUACGAUGCCUGAAAGAAAUGUCGUUUCAUAUAACUCUAUUAUUUCAGCUUACAGCCGGUACGGACAUGAUCACGAGGAGAGAAGAGGAGAUACUUGUGGAAGAGCUUGGCAGAUUUUUAAUCAAAUGAGGGGCUUAGGAAUUCAAACCACACAGUUUACUUUUGGUAGUUUGUUAACUUCUUCAUCCUUAAAUCUUAUUCAAGGCUUACAGUUACUUCCAUUGACUUUAAAGACUGGGUUGCUUUAUAGUGAUGCUUUCUCGGGUACUGCAUUGUUGGGUUUGUUUGGGAGGCUUGGAAGAAUGGAUGAAGCAUAUAGUUUGUUCCAAGAAAUGCCCAAGCGUAACUUGAUCACAUGGAAUUCCAUAAUUUGGAUAUUUGGACGACAUGGAUUUGUUGAAGAAUCUAUUGUUUUGUUCCGUGAACUUCUAAGAACACAGGAGGGAUGUCAUCCAUCAGAAUCAUCUUGUGUUGGAGUCUUAUCUGGUUUUGGUUUUGGGAGAAUUGGACGAGGGUUACAGCACUUGAGCUCAAUAGGCGAACAGAUACAUGGGCUGGUGAAAAAAACCGGGUUAGAGUCUUAUACUGCUAUUGCAAACUCUCUUUUGAAUAUGUAUGCCAAAUUUUCAUUAGGAGCUUAUUCUACUGAGGUUUUGUUCGAGGAGAUGACUCCUGUUCGGGAUGUAGUUUCUUGGAAUAUUAUUAUUGGAGCAUUUGCAAGGAGUGACAAACCAUGGAAAGCUGUUGACCACUUCUUGACUAUGUCACAGUCAGGUUUCUCGACUAACCAGACUACAUUUGCUAAUGUCAUUAGUGCCUGCACCAGUCUGCAGAUAUCAAAAUACGGUGAAAUCAUACACGCAAAAACGAUCGUGAAUGGCCUUAAUUCUGAUGUUUUUGUAGGCAGUGCACUGGUUGAUUUCUAUGCCAAAUGUGAUAAAGUAGAAGAAGCACAUCUUGUCUUUUCCAAGCUUGACCAAAGGAGUGUUGUUUCUUGGAAUGCUUUGAUUGCUGGUUACUCAACUAAGGGUUCUCAUUUUUCAACUUGUCUACUACAGCAAAUGCUUCACUUAGGUUAUCGGCCUAACGAGUUUUCAUUCUCUGCUGCUCUUAAAUCAUCCCUGGUUGACGAGGUACAACAACUUCAUUGUCUGAUAGUAAAAAUGGGUUACCACAAAAAUGAGUAUGUCUUCAGUUCACUUAUUGCUUCAUAUGCCAUGAAUGGCCUUUUAUCUGAUGCAUUGAGCUUUGUUACAUCCUUGGACUCCCCACUAUCCCCAUCCUCUUGUAAUGUCAUUUGUGGAAUAUACAAUAGAAUUGGCCUAUUCCAAGAAACACAAAAGCUUCUUUUUCAAGUUGGAGAACACAACAUUAUAUCUUGGAACAUAUUGAUUGAAGCUUGUGGCCGCAAUGGGGAUUACUUGGAAGUAUUUGCACUGUUCAAAAGCAUGCAAAUGGCUCAUAUUUUACCCGAUAAUCACACUUUCAUGAGCGUGUUAAAUAUCAGUGGUAAGCUCUGCAACCUGUCUUUGGGAAGUUCUCUUCAUGGGAUUAUCGUAAAGAUGGAUUUCAAGUGCUGUGACGUACUUGUGUGCAAUGUAUUGUUGGACAUGUACGCCAAAUGUGGAAGCCUCGAGAGUUCUGUUAAAAUCUUCAGUGAAAUGACAGAUAGAAGAAAUCUGAUCUCGUGGACGUCUCUGGUUUCAGCUCUAGGACUUCAUGGUUAUGCAUUUGAGGCACUGGAACGGUUCAGAGAAUUAGAAUCAACAGGAUUGAAGCUAGAUAGAGUUUGUUUCACUGCAGUUCUAUCAGCCUGCACACAUGGAGGACUAGUUGAAGAAGGAAUGAAGUUGUUUACAAGCAUGAAAGUAAAAUAUGGAAUUGAACCAGAUAUGGAUCACUAUGUUUGCAUGGUGGACUUGUUAUCUAGAUCUGGGCAUCUUAGAGAAGCAGAGAGACUGAUAAAUAACAUGCCGUCCCAGCCAACUGCCCUAAUUUGGCGAAUUUUUCUUGAAGGCUGCAAGAGGUGCAACAAGAACGAGGAGCAAGCAGUAGGAUAGGCACUUCUUCUUUGAGAUUCAGGGUCCCUGAACUUGGAUCAAUUGAGAUAAUUGAAUGAUUAUACUCCUCCAUUUACUUGGGAAAGAGGUGGCUGGGCCUCAAAUAAUUCACAUAGUGAAAACUACAUGGAGACCCAUUCUACAGAUUUUCUACACCGUGAAAUCCACGGGCGGAAAAGUUCACACGCGCAUCCAAUUUUUGUAAGAAAAUUUCUCCCAAACCCACAAUUUAUAAAAUUUGGUUUCUUCGUAUCUUUUCUUCUUCUU